AUGAUUCAUAUGGCAAGCCCACCGUUGGCUCAGGUCUAUCGGGCGAGUCCAUUAGCCAACCCAACCAAGGAGAUCCGCUUAUUACGUCUCAACAACAAUGACGAUGGCGACCUCGCAGUGUCUGUAGAAACACACAGCUUGAGUAUUUUCCCCGACUUCCGCGCCAUAUCGUAUACAUGGGGCGACGCAGGCAACGAGGAGCGCAUCCUAGUCGAUGGACAACAGCUCAAGGUAGGGCACAAUUGCCACUACGCAUUAUGGCAAGCUCGACUACACUACUCAAACUCCCUCGUCUGGAUCGACGCUAUAUGCAUCAACCAGAAGGAUAACGAUGAGAAAAGCCCGCAAGUGGCGAUCAUGUUCGAUAUCUUCUCCCGGGCCAAGGAGGUCUUGGCUUGUAUAGGCGAGCAUGAUGGGACGAGCGAGGUUCUGGUCCGGCGGAUGCCAGAGAUCGAAGAGUUUGUCGUGACGGAUGGCGUCUCUCUCGACCCUUCGAGGACUUCGUCUGACAGCCGAGGCGCAGAGACUGCUCAAGUUUUAGAAGACUUCAUCAGUUCUAUUGGCUCUGCGGUUUGCGAUCUUGCAUCCCGACCCUUUUGGAGUCGACUGUGGAUCGUUCAGGAACUGUUUGCCGGCAAUAUAUGCCAGCGCACUGCUGUGCUCUGUGGCCACGACAAGCUUCCCUGGAGCCUGUUCGACGAUCUGUACGAGCUUGAAGCUGUUGUCAGCUAUGCUGAUUUGCGUCAAUUUCGGGUAGUCCGAGAGGCCGUCGACCGGUAUCAGCUGUCGCCCAUGAUCUACAUUAUCCGAUCUCUACGCUCGUAUUCUCAUGGAACAAGCACGGGCGUGGCGGGUAUAUGGCAACUGGGAGUAUGGGAUCUGAAAUGCGCAGACCCAUUAGACAAGAUUUUCGCGCUGAUGCGGCUCGUGAAGUGGCUCCCUGAUGCACCUCGACCGACUAUCGACUAUCGCCAAAGUCGACUCGCUCUGGCAAAGCAGGUGACUUACUUGCAAACCACUCCCCGGAUGACUGCGCUCGACAUCAGCUUUGAUGAGCUGGUAGAAAGUGAAGCUCCUGCGGCCGAGUACGGGUUCGAUCGGGUAAGUGAGGUAGCUCGGGCAGACAUGCGUGUGUGGGAACUCAUGGUCGUCGGUAUCGGCCGGGAGGAAGCUGAUGCCGACGACGACUCGGUUGCACCACUCGGCUCGGUGUUCCUGAAUGACGCUCGUCUCCAGCGCCUGGAUAAAUCAUCGGCCUCAACUUUAAGGUUCCUGACCGAUCUUCCUUUCGACAGAGACACAGUGUCCACCCCGGUUCACACGAUCAAAGGGUUAACAGCGCAACUUGGUGACAUUAUAGUCCUCACAUCAGAGCUGGGAUUGCUCCUCCGAGAGACCGACAGCGGCAGCAAUCUCUCGAUCACUGGGUACUUUCUCCACAGGUAUCUGCCAGAACCUCGUCCUAUCCGAGACCUCGACUGUCAAUGCUUCAAGUCGGAUGUCUAUCCCUCCAUAUUCUGUUGCAUGCCGCCCGGUGAUGCUCUGAAGGUGGCAGUACUAUACUCAGAAGCGAAGGCUCUGCUUGACAGGGAUGAGCGGUACGAGGAGCGCAUUGCUCCGCGAAUGGAGAGUAUUUCGGAUGCGAUGGGUAGGAUUCGGAUCGUCGAUACUAGACAUGGAGAGUUGAAGUCGUCCGCGGACCGUGUUGGCCGAGCGUUGGCAAGUGACAAGGGACUCUUGAUGUUCUAUCACCUACUCGACGAACACGUGUAG